UCUUCCUCUUCCACACCCAACAUUUCUUCUCCCCCCCACUCUCCGUUUCUUCUUCUUUUUUAUUAUCAACCCAUCUCCAUCCUUAAACCCUACCUCUUCAUAUAUACACACUCCCGCAAUUCCGAAAGCCAGCAGCAACUGUCAAAAACACAGCCUCGCACUUGCACCACCACCCCCCAGCCGGAGCGCACCGCAAUGGCGUUGGAGAGCCCGCUCCUGACGGGCAACAACCACAGCAAUGGAGUGGAAGGAGGAGCCCACGGCGGCGCCAAGGGGGUGACCGCGGCGAAGGAGUUCGGGGGCGAGUCGAAGCGGCUCUGGAAGCUGGCGGGUCCCGCCAUCUUCACCGCCCUCUCCCAGUACUCCCUCGGCGCCCUCACCCAGACCUUUGCCGGACAAGUCAGCGAGAUCGACCUCGCCGCCGUCUCCGUCGAGAACUCCGUCAUCGCGGGCCUCGCCUUCGGCGUCAUGUUGGGAAUGGGAAGUGCACUGGAGACACUGUGUGGGCAAGCAUAUGGUGCGGGCGAGAUCAGGAUGUUGGGGGUGUAUAUGCAGAGAUCAUGGGUCAUCUUGUUGACCACGGCCUGCAUUCUGGUUCCUCUCUACGUGUGGUCUCCUCCCAUCCUGGAGCUCAUUGGAGAGACCACUGAAAUCUCUGAAGCUGCUGGUAAAUUUGCUCUGUGGAUGCUUCCGCAGUUGUUUGCAUAUGCGCUGAAUUUUCCAAUCCAGAAAUUCUUACAAGCGCAACGGAAGGUCAUGGUGAUGGCUUGGAUCUCAGCCAUAGUACUGGUGAUACACGCGGUAGCCAGCUGGCUGUUCAUACUUAAGCUUGGAUAUGGCUUGGUCGGAGCAGCAAUAACCCUGAACACAUCAUGGUGGCUCAUCAUUAUUGGCCAACUGCUGUAUAUUUUCAUCACCAAAUCAGAUGGCGCUUGGGGUGGAUUCUCAUGGCUGGCGUUCUCCAACUUAUGGGGCUUUGUCAAGCUUUCUCUGGCCUCUGCCGUGAUGUUGUGCUUGGAGUUUUGGUACUUGAUGAUCCUGGUGGUGAUUACAGGACGUUUGCCAAAUCCCCUAAUCCCAGUCGAUGCCAUUUCUAUUUGCAUGAACAUUCAAGGAUGGGAUGCCAUGAUUGCACUUGGAUUCAACGCUGCAAUUAGUGUGAGAGUGUCAAAUGAGCUUGGAGGCGGCAAUGCCAAAGCAGCGAAAUUUGCUGUAUGGGUGGUUUCCGUCACCUCUGUGUCCAUUGGGGUGGUGUGCAUGGCCGUGGUGUUUGCAACAAGAGAUGUUUUCCCUUACCUAUUCACAAGUAGUGAUGAGGUUGCUGUUGAAACCACGAAGCUGGCCACCUUGCUUGCUAUCACAGUUCUCCUAAACAGUCUCCAACCCGUCUUGUCUGGUGUCGCUGUUGGAGCGGGAUGGCAAUGGAUUGUUGCAUACAUCAACAUCGGGUGCUACUAUAUUGUUGGAUUGCCUGCUGGCAUACUCCUCGGUUUCACAUUUGGUUUCGGAGUUGAGGGUAUCUGGUCAGGUAUGAUUGGAGGCAUUUGUUUACAAACCAUAAUCCUCAUAAUUCUCACUUCAAUAACCAACUGGAACAAAGAGGCUGAGGAGGCAGAAACUCGUGUGAAGAAAUGGGGAGGAGGAUCUAAUGAAGAGCAUUGAUCUAUUUGAACGCUCCAAAUCACAGUCGAGACAAUGGGCAGUAGUGAAUACAAACAGCAGCAUAACACCAACAUAUUUCUGGUCAAGUUUGAGUUGUCCUUGGGCCGAAAAGCCAGCAAAAAAGAUGCCGCUGCGGGUUUCUCCAAAUUGACUUUCACCAACUCAACCGUGAUUCAGCAAGUAGUCAUCUAACUUCAGAGACCGUUUGCAGGACGGAAAUAUGAUCUCGAGGUGGAAAGCAAUGAUGUAGCUGGAUUAGCAUUUUGAUGUGUCGGUUUGUAUUUAAGGGUGGUUGCACACCCAUUUUUGUCAUUAAGACUGCCUUUUUCAAUUGGGUUUCAAGUUCAAUAUGGGAUAAUGAGUUGAUGCUAUAAAGUUUGGACGAUUGGCGAUC